UUCUGGUUGCCUGUAAGGGCUUUGCUCCUCCCUUCUGAAAUCCUAUAUUAGCUGUGGCCAAAGCCGGGUAAGAAACACAGCUCAUUGUUGGCAAGUGCCGAUGAGCCUCGCUGAGGAGUGAAAAACAGCUCCGGGGCUGCUGCGGCGAUCACAGCACCGUCACGUAAGCGCCGAGGAGAGGGCCGGGAAAGCCCUCUCUAUGCUGGGUGACUUUUACUGACUGAUUUCACCGCCACCUUUGAAGCAAAAGAAGAAGGAAGCCGGGAGGUGGGCAAUGGCAGACCACAUGAUGGCCAUGAACCACGGGCGCUUUCCCGACGGAUCCGGCGGGCUUCACCACCACCCUGCGCAUCGGAUGGGCAUGGGGCAGUUUCCCACCCCCCAUCACCACCAUCAGCAGCAGCAGCCGCCGCAGCAGCACGCCUUCAGCGCCCUGAUGGGCGACCAUAUACAUUACGGAGCUGGGAAUAUGAACGCGAGCAGCGGAGUCAGGCACGCCAUGGGGCCGGGGAGCGUCAGUGGAGGGCACCCGGCCGGCACCAUGCCGCCCCCCGCCCGCUUCAGCGGCUCCCAGUUCAUGGCUGCCCCCGUCGCCAGCCCGGGAGGGCAGCUGAGCGCCAGCAUGCAGCUCCAGAAGCUGAACAACCAGUACUUCAACCACCACCCCUACCCCCACAGCCACUACAUGCCGGACUUGCACCCCGGCAGCCACCAGCUGAACGGCAGCAGCCAGCAGCAUUUCAGGGACUGCAACCCCAAGCACGGCGGCGGCAGCGGCUUGCCGCCCGCCGUCCCCCACGUCCCCGCGGCAAUGCUGCCGCCCAAUGUCAUAGACACUGACUUCAUCGACGAGGAGGUCCUCAUGUCCUUAGUCAUCGAAAUGGGGCUGGAUCGCAUCAAGGAGCUUCCCGAGCUGUGGUUGGGACAGAACGAGUUUGACUUCAUGACAGACUUCGUUUGCAAACAGCAGCCCAGCAGGGUGAGCUGCUGAUUCAUUUAAAACAAACAAAGGACUUUCUAUCGGUGCGAAUGAAAACAUUCCCCUAGACACGGUGUCUCACUUUUCAGGGCUUGAAAAGGUGAGAAUCUGGAAAGCAAGAGUCAACUAUGCGCUUGUAUAAAUUUUUUUUCCCCCCCUCAAAUUGCUGCCACAUUUUUUGUAGGUUUGCCAUUCACACCCCCCCUCCCGUAGUAAUCAUUUCUAGCAAACUGCCUUUUUAUGUUGGUCGCCUCCCUCCACUCCUUGCUCUCUUAAUUUCUUUGCAGUAACGUGCCCAUAAUUCCCACAGUGCUCAACUGUUAGGUAUUAAUCUUGGCAAAUUGCUUAAUCGUGUGGAUUUUGUAAACGGAAGAUUUCCAGUGACUUGAACUGCAUUCAAAUUCUGAGCGAACAGGAAAAAAAAAAGGCAUUAGUUGGUUGCAUGAACUUUGAAGGGCAGAUAAUAACUGCACAAGUGCUGCCAUCUUGCUUAAUUUUUAACUAUGCAUUGCAGUGCAGACUAACAAUUGGGGGAUUUGUUUUGUUUUGGUUUGGGGGGUGAUAUUUUUUUUUCAUUUUUUGUGUGUGUGUGUGUGUUUUGGGUGGUUCUUCAGGUUUUCUGUUUUGGUUUGGGUUUGUUUAGUUAGUUUGGGUUUUUUUUUUUUUACUAGGUUAAACUGGAAGCUUGACAGAUGUGGGCCAAACCUUUCCAGAUCAGGAAAAGUAAUACCGUUACUUACAAAGUCUGCUACCCAUUCUCCCCUCCUCCAUAUGUAUAGACAAUAAUAUGGUGUGGAUGGAAUGUUGACUAGUGGCAAACAUUUCACAGAUUUUAAUUAUUCUUUUUUUUUUCUUUAAUCCUAAGAUUUUGUUUCUUCAGCAUUUUGACACUGUGCUAAUAUAGUUUAUUCAGUACAUGAAAAAGAUACUACUGUGUUGAAAGCUUUUCAGGAAAUUUUGACAGUAUUUUUGUACAAAACAUUUUUUUGAGAAAAUAUUGUUAAUUUAUUCUAUUUUAAUUUGCCAAUGUCAAUAAAAAGUUAAGAAAUGCUUUAGUUUUUCUAGAAGUCAUUUACCAGUAUUUUUCUUCAAGUCUUCCCCACUGUCCCUGGUAAGUAGAACAUCUAUCUGUACAACCGUGUUGGUGUGCAAAAAGACAUUCCAAAAUAGAAAGUACACUACACCCAUAUAUUAUGUCAUGGUGAACUCAGUAGGUGAGCAGGAUUUGAGCAUACUUAACAGCAUAAAGCCUCAUACGUAACAUUGUAAUAUGCCUGUCAGUGUGGUUUGAUGAAAAAUAAAGUUGCUCUGAGGCGCAACUUUUUUGUGACUUGCCAACAUACUUGCUUUAAAUGUAGUUGUCCAGAGUUAUGAUGCAUAAAGUAUUUAUUAUAUUUAUCUAUUAAACUUGUAAUUUUAUAAA